AUGGCGAGCCAACAUACUCCCUCGGGCCCUCCGAGCUACUCUGAGCCUCCAUAUUACGAAGAAGACGAAAACAGUUCAAUCCUCACAGGUCAACCUUCAGAUGGCUCGCAAAUCCGAUUGUUGACAUCACAAGAUGAUGCAAACAGUCGACCGUAUGUACCACCAAAUAUGUUGCCGCGUCCUCUGCCAGUCUAUCCAAAUAGAUUGCCAAAGUCAACUCCUGAGCACCUUGAUUCUCUGAAAGAACAAGAGGAAAUAAUCUCAACCUGCAAGCUGCAGAGAAAGAAGAAGCCAAUGCCAGCUGUAGAUUUACCAGAUCUACCUGAUGGGCCUUCGAAGCGGAGAUCUCUCAGGCAGCCUGUCAAGUCACCUCUUUCAAAACUUGAAUAUCAGUUGAAAAAUACAACAAGCUUACGCAAUAGUACAAAUAGACCAUAUACACCUCGCAGAUCCUACCAACCAUCCGUCACAUCAUCCCACUCGCGAGCCCCAUCCAUUAUCGAUACAGCCCCUCCAAUGGCGCCUCUAGACUCACAAUACCUACCAUACUCCGCAAAUGGAAGGCAAUCACCCACCAGGUCUUGGAGUCCUGGAGGCACAACAGAAUUCGGAAGGCCUCCACCGACAAACAUACAAUUCGAGCCCCCAGAGUUGAAUGGCAGCCCAAGACCAGGCACACCUUCUUCGCGAUAUGGCGGGAGUCCAAGGCGGCCACUGCCUCCAGCUCCUCUCUUCUCCGGCCCUGGUGCAUCAGCCCGCAAUUCUGUUUUCGCCGACGAUGCCACAAUUUCAAUCCCUCUGGAGAACGAUAUAGGAGAUGGGGACGAUGUUUUUGGCCCCGACAGUCCCCUCAAAUCCGAAGCCAGACACAGCUUGAAGACGAGAGAAUCUUACAUGUCGAAUGAGACCCUUACGGAAGAUGUGGAUGAGGAGGAGUAUGUCGAACAUCGCGGGCCAGCACCAGAUGGAAAACAAGAGCGACGAGGAGCACGACAGGCACAGAUGGCCAAGAAAGAAGUCCGGCUGAUCAAUGGAGAGCUUAUUCUUGAGUGUAAGAUUCCGACUAUAUUAUAUAGUUUCCUACCCCGACGGGACGAGAUCGAAUUCACACAUAUGCGAUAUACUGCUGUUACAUGCGAUCCCGAUGAUUUCGUGUCGAAAGGUUACAAACUGCGUCAGAAUAUUGGAACUACAGCGAGAGAGACGGAGCUGUUCAUUUGUGUCACGAUGUACAACGAGAAUGAAAUCGAUUUCACGAGAACUAUGCACGCAGUUAUGAAGAAUAUUUCGCAUUUCUGCUCUCGAUCAAAGUCGAGAACUUGGGGAGAGCAUGGGUGGCAGAAGAUUGUUGUUUGCAUUAUCUCCGAUGGACGACAGAAGGUUCAUCCUCGAACAUUGGACGCUUUGGCAGCUAUGGGUGUUUACCAGGACGGCAUUGCCAAAAACUUGGUCAAUCAGAAGGAGGUGCAAGCCCAUGUUUACGAAUACACGACACAAGUUUCUCUCGAUUCGGAUCUCAAAUUCAAAGGAGCCGAAAAAGGAAUUGUCCCUGUCCAAAUGAUCUUUUGUAUGAAGGAGAGGAACGCUAAGAAGCUGAACUCGCAUAGAUGGUUCUUCAACGCUUUUGGACGAGCUCUCACACCAAAUAUCUGCAUCCUCUUGGAUGUUGGGACGAAACCGGGGGGCAAUUCCCUCUACCAUCUGUGGAAGGCCUUUGACACUGAUUCCAAUGUGGCUGGUGCUUGUGGUGAGAUCAAAGCUAUGAAAGGCAAAUUCGGGCUUUCUCUAUUAAACCCUUUGGUUGCCUCGCAAAAUUUCGAGUAUAAGAUGUCUAAUAUUUUGGACAAGCCGUUGGAGAGUGUAUUCGGCUAUAUUACCGUGUUGCCUGGUGCUUUGAGUGCUUACCGAUACCAUGCUCUUCAGAAUGACCACACUGGCCAUGGCCCCUUGAGUCAAUAUUUCAAGGGAGAGACUUUAGCAGGUCAGAAUGCCGAUGUUUUUACAGCCAAUAUGUAUCUGGCAGAAGAUCGUAUUUUAUGUUGGGAGUUGGUGGCUAAGAGAGAUGAGAGAUGGGUCUUGAAAUUUGUUAAGAGCUGUACCGGAGAGACUGAUGUGCCUGAUUCCGUUCCCGAAUUUAUCUCACAACGUAGAAGAUGGCUUAAUGGAGCCUUCUUCGCCGCUGUUUACUCGCUUGUCCAUUUCAGACAAAUCUGGAAGACAGACCAUACUAUCGCCCGAAAAAUCCUCCUCCAUAUCGAAUUCGUAUAUCAAUUCGUCAGCUUGCUGUUCACCUACUUCUCUCUCGCCAACUUCUAUCUCACUUUCUACUUCGUAGCUGGCUCACUUGCCGAUCCUCUGGUCGAUCCCUUCGGCCACCAUAUAGGUCUUUAUCUGUUUACCAUUCUCCGCUACAUUAUUGUUCUUCUCACCUGCACACAAUUCAUCUUGUCCAUGGGCAACAGACCUCAAGGUGCCAAACGCCUCUACUUCUCAUCCAUGGUAAUAUACGGUAUAAUCAUGACCUACAACACCUUCGCAUGCGUCUGGAUCGUAGUCCGGCAACUCACACAAUCAGACUCAGACCUCCACCUCGGUAACAAUGUCUUCACUAACCUCAUCAUCUCUACCGCCUCUACAGUAGGCCUCUACUUCCUCAUGUCCUUCCUCUACCUCGACCCCUGGCACAUGUUCACUUCUGCCGCUCAAUACUUUAUGCUCCUCCCCUCCUAUAUCUGUACCUUACAAGUCUACGCCUUCUGCAACACGCACGAUAUAUCCUGGGGCACAAAGGGCGACAAUAUAAUACAUACGGAUCUUGGCGCCGCUAUGGGCCACGGCAAAGGCACAACGGUAGAGCUCGAGAUGCCUUCUGAACAGCUCGACAUCGACUCCGGCUACGAUGAAGCCUUACGCAACCUCCGCGACCGCAUCGAAGUCCCUGUGCCAGAAAUAUCCGAAUCCCAGCAGCAAGAAGAUUACUACAAGUCCGUGCGCACAUACAUGGUCGUAUCCUGGAUGGUAGCAAACGCCAUCUUGGCUAUGGCUGUGAGUGAAGCUUAUAGCGGCACGGAAAUCGGCAGUAAUUUCUACUUGAGCUUUAUCCUCUGGAGUGUGGCGAUCUUGGCGUUCUUCAGGGCCCUAGGCAGUAGUGCGUUUGGCAUUAUCAAUGCCGUAGAGGCUAUUGUUGAAGGGAGGGUGCGGAUGACAAUGAAGAUGCCCAAGUGGCUGGGUGGUAUGAACUUGGGGGAGAAGUUUAGGGAUGGAAUUAGUAGUUUUGGGGGUAGUGUUAAGAGCUGA